CUGAUAGAAGAAGAGCCUGCAACGUUAGCAAAACCAGCUAUGGAAGUGUAGAUUGUCAUCUUUCUCCUUGUUGACCGAACUGGAAAGUCAUCAAGACAAAUUCAUCCAAGACACCUGCCAUCUACGAACAGACCACUGUUUAAUUUAGAUUUGAUGACUUCCUUCUCGGAUCUUCGUCCAGAUCCAUCAGGAGGAUGUUUACAGACGUAGUGAGGAUAUCCUUCACUAAGAGUCCCAUUAUUUAGUACAGUAACACUGUAUCACCACUGGACAUCGUGUGAUUCAGGAAAAUAAUGUGCUGUAGCUGAAGAUGGGGGGUAGUGGCUCCAAAUCCAAAGGAUUUUGGCCGUUUUCUGGCUCAGGUAGUGGGGAAGAGCCAUCCAAAGAUGGGAACGAGCAGUCGCUGACGAGAGCGCGAAGCUUCCCAGGUGCAACACCUUUUGUGUUAACCAGACGAAGCUCUAUGUUCUUCGAUGAAGACGGUGACUUGGCCCACGAGUUCUACGAGGAGACAAUUGUGACAAAAAACGGACGUAAAAAGGCCAAGCUGAAGAGGAUACAGAAAAACUUGACACCUCAGGGAAUUAUAAAGCUGGACCACCCGUGUAUCCAUGUAGACUUCCCAGUUAUCCUCUGGGAAUCCUGACUGACAGAAGCCACUGUGUCACCUCGGCCUUGUGGUUUCCCCCACUCGCAGAUGGAAGCCAGAAUCAACGUUAAAAAGUGUGAUCUCUUGAUUUCUCUGAUGCUCCUGUGUGGAACGGCUGAAGCGUCGAGCACCAAGUCUCUGCAUGUGAUCUGGGUUUGGCUUGUGUGCAGCGAGACACAGGGUAGGCCACCAGGAGGGAUGUGGAAAACAAAACAAACCCUCCCGGUUUCUAGAGAUCGUGGUUUGUGUGCAUGUCAGUGUGAACGUGUGCAGACACAGAGUGACACCUGAAAGAUUUCUAAAUUGUUCUGCUGCAGAUUAUUUUCUGGUAUGAAUCAAUGAACUCAGUGAGUUUAAAAAUAUAACCAAUACUUUGUCUGUUUGUUAUGGUUGUACGUAAAAUGAGGAAUCUGUCUGCGCACACUUUAAGUUUUGUCAUUGUUUUGACUUGCUUUAAUGCAUGAAGCAGGAUCAGCUUGUAGGCAGUAGCCUAUGGAGUUGACAAUCAGAAGCCCCGAAGAUCUACAGUGGAUUAAAAUCAUCUAAAGUUUGAAAGACUUGUUUCAGUGACUUCGCUCACAUGCAGACAGAACAGCAGCAAGAUCCUGUUGUUUUCUUUGCUGCUUGGGCGUAAUGUGUUUCCCAUUUAAUUUAUUAAAGCAAUUUUUUUUAAUUACAAAUUCAAA